AUGCUGAAUUACGUGGUGAAACAUGGUCAGUCGUCAGCGACAUCGCUUGGCGUCAUUGCGUUGAUAUACAGCGGCUUUGGGGUUCUGCUGUCUUACGUCCGAGGAGCUGAUGAUGAACUGAACACCCUGGCCGCUGGAACCGCUACCGGACUGCUGUAUAAGUCGACAUCGGGACUAAGGCGAUGUGCCAUUGGAGGCGGGGUCGGCUUCGCUCUGGCCGCUGCCUACAGUUUAUACGCCAGUGGCGAUCGUUUGAGGCAGAUCUUCGGGUUCCGAAACAAGUUGUCUUCGUACUGA